CGGUUACCUUUCCAUGUAUCAGCCCUGAGGCUGCCAUGAGCGACUCAUCCCUGCUGUUUAUGGCUGGAGCAAACACUGUAGAAGAGCAGAGGGCUCGCUGGGAGAGAAAGCGCAGCCGGACAGCCAAGGAGCUGCUGGAAACUGAACACAGAUACCUUGAGCAGCUGGAUUUGGUGGUCACGUUCUUUGUGACAAUUUUAAAGGCCAAAGGGACGCUGAAACCUGUUGUGUUGGAAACCAUAUUUGGACCCCUGGAAUCCAUAUAUUCGGCCAGCUAUGUUCUGUCACUUUACCUGGAGCGAGGGAAUUUGGCAACAGGAUUGGAAAAUUUCUGUCAGAGUCUGGAGCUUUAUGGCCACUACGCUGAGAAUUUAGAGCAGGCAAAUAAAACCUUGAAGGAGCAAUUGAGGAAAAAUAAGGCAUUCCGACGGUUUAAGAAACUCCAGGAGACUCGACCUCAGUUUCAAGGGAGGAAGCUAGAGGAUCUGCUUCCUUUGCCACUGCAGAGGCUGCACCAGUACAAGCAUUUCCUCAGAGACCUGCUGGAGAACACCAGCCCAGAAAGUGCUGAGUACCAGAAACUUGCAAAGGCUGUGAAAUCCGUUUCUGAGGUGUCUCGGUGGGUCCAAGACAUCAUUCAUAAGAGAGAGAACUCAUUGCAGCUACUUCGGGUUCAGAAACUGCUCAAAGGACAGAAGACCCAGGUUUUGACUCCAGGUGGGUCUUAAUGACAGCUGGGUUUU